AUGAGCCCAGAUAACCUGUCCGCUGUAAUGCAUGGUGUCAACGACUUACGUCUUGAACAACGAAAAAUUCCAGUACCAGCAGGUAACCAGUUGCUGAUCAGUGGAGAUCAGUCAUCGUUUUCAUUUUUGUGGCUUACUCAUAACAUUAAUUUACACAGGAUUCAUACGGUGGGAAUCUGUGGCUCAGACGUCCAUUUUCUCACACGUGGUGCUAUUGGGAAGUACGUAGUAGAAAAGCCAAUGGUACUCGGACAUGAAACCAGUGGUACAGUAGCCGGAAUGGGCAAACUCGUAAAAGGUUUCCAAGUUGGUGAUCGGGUGGCCAUAGAGCCGGGUGUGGGCUGCCGUCUUUGCAUGCACUGUAAGUCUGGAAGAUACAACUUAUGCCCGGAUACGAAAUUCUUUGCGACACCACCUACAGAUGGUUCCUUAACACGAUACGUAGCGUAUGAUGCGGACUUCUGCUUCAAGCUGCCCGACAAUGUAUCUUACGAAGAGGGAGCUCUCAUAGAACCACUUUCCGUUGCGGUAUUCGCCUGCCGAAGAUCUGGAGUUCAAAUGGGCCAGAGAGUAUUGGUUCAAGGAGCAGGGCCUAUUGGAACACUUUGCAUGAUGACAGCAAGAGCUCUGGGUGCUGCUGAUGUCGUCAUCACAGAUCUCAACCAGAGCCGUCUUGAUCUUGCCAUGAAGCUCGGAGCAAAACACGCUAUUUGUGUCAAAGGAAAAUCACCUGCCCAAGUGAAAGAAGAAAUAAUCAAGUCUCUGGGUACUGAGCCGGAUGUUUCAAUGGAAUGCUCUGGAGCACAAUCUUCUAUAGAGUCAGCAAUACUGAGUACUCGAUCAGGAGGUGUCGUUGUGUUGGUCGGAUUGGGAGAAGAUAGAGCCGAACUUCCCAUAGUGGAGGCCGCUCUUCGCGAAGUCGACAUCAGGGGAGUUUAUCCAACAGCCAUAAACCUUGUCGCUUCUCGACGUAUCGAUCUGUCUGGAAUCACAAGAGCUCACCACCAAUUGAAGGACGCCGUGGAAGCUUUUCAACGUGCCCAAAAGGGAGAUGUGAUCAAAGUGUUCAUUCAUUGUGAUAGUUAG